UUCUUGAUCUGUGGUGUAAAAUAGAAAUCUUCACUGUUUAAAGAAAAAUUGUCCGAAGUGCCGUACUAAAAUGGCUUCACAAGUCGCUAAAUCAUUGAUAAAAGCAAACCACGUACGAUCUACUGUUAAGUUCGAUACUGCCAGACGAGCGCUGAGUGUAGCGCCAGUAUUGCAGCAGAAGAAAUCACUCCCAGACCGUACAGGCAAGAAUGUGGUCCUGGUCGAUGGAGUCCGCACUCCAUUCCUUGUUUCAUUCACCGAUUAUGCCAGGAUGAUGCCCCACGAACUAGCAAGACAUGCACUUCUUGGUCUCCUACAAAAGACUGGUAUAUCGAAGGAUGUCAUUGACUACAUUGUAUAUGGCACCGUGAUCCAAGAGGUGAAAACUUCAAAUAUAGGGCGCGAGGCAGCCCUGGCGGCUGGGUUCAGCGACAGGACUCCAGCGCACACCGUCACCAUGGCUUGCAUCUCUUCUAACCAGGCAAUCACCACUGGUAUCGGCAUGAUAGCGGCCGGCGCGUAUGACGUCAUCGUGGCGGGCGGAGUGGAGUUCAUGUCGGACGUGCCCAUCCGCCACUCCCGCAAGAUGCGCUCGCUGCUGCUGCGGAUCAACCGCGCCAAGACCCCAGCGCAGAGGCUGUCGCUCAUUGCCUCCAUACGACCGGACUUCUUCGCUCCAGAGCUGCCUGCCGUGGCGGAGUUUUCGUCGGGCGAGACCAUGGGCCACAGCGCGGACAGGCUGGCGGCCGCCUUCGGAGCCUCGCGACUGGAGCAGGACCAGUACGCGCUGCGCUCGCACACGCUCGCCCACGAGGCCCAGCAGAAGGGAUACUUCACGGACCUCAUACCGGUCAAAGUGGACGGCAAGGACGGGCUGGUGGACAAGGACAACGGCAUCCGCGUGUCCGCCCCCGAGCAGCUCGCCAAGCUGAAGCCGGCCUUCAUCAAGCCGCACGGCACCGUCACCGCCGCCAACGCAUCCUUCCUGACGGACGGCGCCUCCGCCUGCCUCGUGAUGUCCGAGGCGAAGGCCAAGGAGCUCGGCCUCAAACCGAAGGCCUACCUGCGGGACUUCACCUACGUCGCUCAGGAUCCCGUGGACCAGCUGCUGUUGGGGCCCGCCUACGGCAUUCCCAAGAUCUUGGACAAAGUCGGCCUCAAGGUCAGCGAUAUCGACACGUGGGAGAUCCAUGAGGCCUUUGCGGGACAAAUCCUGGCGAAUUUGAAGGCUCUCGACUCGGACUGGUUCGGGCAGAAGUAUCUGGGACGUCAAGGAAAGGUUGGCAGUCCGGACCUCGAGAAGUGGAACAAGUGGGGCGGCUCGCUCUCUAUCGGACAUCCAUUCGCCGCCACCGGCGUUCGUCUGGCGAUGCACACGGCUCACCGGCUGGUGCGGGAGGACGGGCAGUUCGGCGUCAUCUCGGCCUGCGCGGCGGGAGGACAGGGAGUCGCCAUGCUGCUGGAGAGACAUCCUGAUGCCACCACCCAAUAAACUCCUAGCGGCGUCCCGCGACAUGAACUAUCUACUUGAGAGGAAAAUAUUGCAAGUCCAAAACCUUGUAAUGUUUUAUUUUGUAGGAAUCAAUGUGUACAGGGUGUUGGAAAUGCUUCCGAAAACAGCAAAAAAAAAAAAAAAAACUAAAAACAAUGGUAAUCAUUAUUGUUUUUUUUUUAUGAUUGCCUAUUUUGUCAAUAUCAGAAACCACUAAUGCGCGAGAUCUGUAAACGCAUAAGUGUAUUGUAAAAACAUAUUACUAUAGUAGAAUUAUUUUGUCCGUGCAGUUUGAGUUAUAAAUAAUCGGAGCGGUGAAGCGAGUAUUUCGCUCUCUCUUCCACUCACGAGCCUUAUGG